CCUUCCCUGCAAAUUUGGAAUCCGUCAAUAAAUGGAAAAUGUUUCGUCACCAUCAUCCUUUUUUUCUUUCUUCCUCUCAACGCCUCCACUACCAAUGUUUUGGCAAAGACCAAACCAAAGACGAAGUCAGGCUCAGCCGAGUCAAGCAAUGAUUUUUUUUCCUUUUUUACCCUGUUCCUCUCCCAAGCCCUUCAGUUCCUACUUCCUACUUUCUAUGUUGAAAUGUGGGACUGUCAGCAAAUCAGGUGCGCUCAAAGUGGUCUCAAGCGAAUGCUCAAACCCGCAACCGCCACCACUCCUGUGAAUCCGCGGUUUUCUUCUUCUCCGUGCACUCCAUCCACGACGUCGUCUUCACUCCCACUCUUUCCCUUCUCUUCCCAGUUCAUGGCAUCCAUCUUGUCUCUAUUCCCUCUGCUAAUCCUCCAUACUCUGCUUCUAGCUCCAACCAAAACUUAUUCCCAGUAUGAUUCAAAGUAUGAUCUCAACCUCACCUCCUGCGCCGGUGACGCCAACUACACCGUCCCCAGCACCUUCUCCUCCAACCUCGAUCUCCUCCUCUCCAACCUCACCUCCUCCACCCCACGCGACGCAGGCUACUUCUCCAACACCACCGCCGGCGCCGACUCCUCAGCCCCCGCCUACGGCCUUGCCCAGUGCCUACCCGUCGUCUCCGCCUCCGAAUGUUCCACCUGCCUCAACCGCUCCGCCGCCACCGCCGCCGCCGGCUGUCCCUUUCGUAAGUCCGCCACCAUCCGCUUCGAUGACUGCGUCCUCCGCUACUCCGACCGACGCUUCUUCGGCCAGCUCGAUAAGGAUGGGAACGCGUCAACUGCCAAUCCCAAUAAAGCACCAACGGGAUUCUAUGGGCGUAUGAGGAAUCUGAUGGACAAGAUCGCGUCGCAGGCGGCGGCUACGGAAUUGAAGUUUGCGGAUGGGAUCACGAAUUCCUCCAGUUAUGGGUAUAUAUACGGGUUGACACAGUGUACCCGUGAUCUAUCGCAGACGGAUUGCUCCACAUGUCUUGAUCAGGCGAUCGAGGAUUUGCGUUCGUGUUGCGGUGGGAGUGUCGGGGGACGGGUCAUGAUGGCGAGUUGUGACGUGAGGUUUGAGACCUAUCCCUUCUUCUCCAUGUUGUUCGUCCCUCCGCCGCCGCCGGCACCGAGUUCUUCGCCGGACAGUGGCAAUAGCAAGACCAGUGAUGGAAAAAAGAAUAAUACUACAAAAAUAAUUCUAAUUGUUUCCAUCUGUGUCGUUGUUUCAUUGGUGGUCCUUUUCACCAUCUGUAUCUCCUUACGUAGAAAGAAAGUAUUUAGAGGAGUUCUCUUUGAUGGAGGUGAGGAAUUCAGAGGUUCCAAACCAUUAUUAUACGAUUUGAGCGUCCUUAGAGCUGCCACAAAUAACUUCUCCGAUGCAAAUAAGCUGGGAGAAGGUGGGUUCGGACCGGUUUACGUGGGGACUCUACGGGAUGGACAAGAAAUAGCUGUGAAAAGGCUCUCAGGAAGUUCACGACAAGGACUAGUGGAGCUAAGAAAUGAGGUUGAUUUGGUUGCCAAGCUUCAACAUAGAAACCUUGUUAAGUUGCUGGGUUGUUGCCUUGAGGAAGAAGAAAGGUUACUUGUCUAUGAGUACCUUCCGAAUACAAGCCUUGACAAAUUUUUAUUCGACCCCAUCGGACAACAACAACUAGAAUGGGAAAAGCGAUACAAGAUUAUUGAAGGGAUUGGCCGCGGCCUUCUCUAUCUACAUGAAGAUUCUCGAUUAAGGAUCAUUCAUCGGGAUCUGAAAGCAAGUAAUAUCUUGCUGGAUCGGGACAUGAACCCUAAAAUUGCAGACUUUGGUCUCGCAAAGCUUUUCAGCAUAGAUGAGACCCAAGGAAACACUAGUGGAAUUGCUGGGACAUAUGGGUAUAUGGCACCAGAAUAUGCCUCGCUGGGGCUCUUCUCUACCAAAUCAGAUGUUUUCAGUUAUGGCGUACUAGUUUUGGAGAUCGUGACUGGCCGGAGGAAUUGUGGAUUCCGGGGAUCUGGGCAUUAUUCAGACCUUCUUAGCUAUGUCUGGCAACACUGGAAUGAAGGAAAGGCAUCACAGGUGAUUGACCUGAGUCUAGGUGAUCGGUAUGAGCUGCAAGAAGUACUGAGGUGCAUUCACAUCGGGCUACUCUGCGUCCAGGAAGACCCAGCAGAGAGACCCAGGAUAGCAACAGUCGUUCUCACGCUUAGGAGUUACUCUGUCCCUCUUCCAGCUCCAUCAGCACCUGCCUCCUUUGUAAGGAGUGAUAUAAUUAGUGAGACAGAGGUGCUCGAGAGGGACGUGAGGACUAGUUUACCAGGAAGUGAAGCUUCAAUGGAAGCACAACAAGAAAAUCAAGGAGGACAGAAAAAUCAAGGCCAGUCUCGGUUGGGAAGCCAUUCCUCCCGUUCUCUCUCUCUCUUCUGGAUUACUUGGCCAAACAAAAAAAAAGAAAAAAGAAAAAAGAAAAAAAAAGAAGUCCCACAUGAAACCAUGCCGUGCUCCGACGGUCCCAACUUCUCAGUACUAAUCGUCCUCCUUUCUCUUCUCCUCAUACUCCAUAGUCCCCCAGCCAAUUCUGACUACCAGCUAUUGAAUUGCGAACAUACCGCCUGCCCAACGACAGACGGGAACUACACCCCCAACGGCACCUUCCAAGCCAACCUCAAUCUCCUCCUCUCCUCCCUCUCCGCUGCCAACACCACCGGCUUCGCCAACUAUACCGAGGGUCAACCGCCGCACCAAGUCUAUGGCCUUGCCCUAUGCCGAGGCGACCUAUCCCCUGCCCAGUGCACGAGCUGCCUCAAUAUAUCCACCAAAGAAAUCAUCAAACGGUGCCCAAAUGGCAAGAUCUCGGCCAUUUGGUACGAAGGGUGCCUCCUCCGCUACUCCGACCAAAACUUCUUCUCCACCGCUGACACAAGUUUUCAUUACGUUCAGGGUGAUAGCCAGGGUUCUGAUCCGCCAGAACAGUUCAAGAAGUUUGUAGGUCUGAUGAUGGACAAUCUUACCACAACCGCGGCGAAUACUUCAAAGAUGUUCGCCGCCGGCGUAGCAAAUAUUAUGAAUUCGAGCAUGCUAUAUGCACUGGUGCAGUGCACGAAGGACCUACCGCAACAAGAGUGCUAUCGAUGCCUUCAAGAUUUUGUGGAAUAUAUUCCUCAAUGCUGUGAUGGGGACUCAGGAGCCAGCAUAUAUGGAUUAAGUUGUAAUCUUCGGUAUCAGACGUCUCCUUUCUUUGACGCUUCCAAGGCUAUAACAUGGCAACCGCCGCCGGAUCCUCCUGUUUCUCCGCCGCGAGGAAAUACUGGUAAAACCAUCAAAAUAGUUAUUGUAAUUACUAUAACAACUGUAGCUGUGGUGGUGUUGCUGCUCUCUGCCAUCUGCAUUUACUUACGACAAAGGAAACUACGAGGAAUACCAUCAUAUGCUGAAGAAGCAGAUGAUGAAGAUGGAAAGGAGAUCGAAAGUGCAGAGUCUCUGGUAUUUGAUUUGGAAACCCUAAGAGUUGCAACAGAUAACUUCUCUGAUGCAAACAAACUCGGACAAGGAGGAUUUGGACUAGUUUAUAAGGGAAUACUGCCAGAUCGAGAAGUGACGGCCGUGAAGAGGCUCUCAAUAAUCUCAAGGCAAGGACUAGAACAGCUACGGAAUGAGGUUGGUUUGGUUGCUAAGCUCCAGCACAGGGACCUUGUAAAGUUGUUGGGUUAUUGCUUAGAAGAGCAAGAGAGGCUUCUUGUAUAUGAGUAUCUUCCUAACGGAAGUCUCGACAGAUUUUUAUGCGAUCCCAUCAGACGACAGCAGCUAGAAUGGGGAGUUCGGUGCAGGAUCAUUAAAAGAAUUGCUCGAGGGCUUCUCUAUCUUCAUGAAGAUUCGCGCCUAAGGAUCGUUCAUCGAGAUCUAAAAGCAAGUAACAUUUUGCUGGAUGGAGAUAUGAACCCUAAAAUUUCAGACUUCGGUCUUGCAAAGCUUUUUGGCAUGGACGGAACCCAUGAAAGCACUCGCCAAAUUGCUGGUACAUAUGGCUAUAUGGCACCAGAAUAUGUCAGGAACGGGCACUUUUCUACCAAGUCGGAUGUGUUUAGUUACGGUGUAUUAGUUUUAGAGAUCGUGACCGGUCGAAUGAAUAGUGGUUUCGAAGGAUCGGGGAAUGCAAUAGAUCUUCCAAGCUGGGUGUGGGAACAAUGGAAUCAAGGAAUGGCAUCACAGGUGAUCGACCAAAGUCUAGUUGAUCAGUGCGAAUUGCAAGAAGUAUUAAUGUGCAUGCACGUUGGGCUUCUAUGCGUUCAAGCAGACCCAGCGAAGAGACCCAGUAUGGCAACAGUCGUUCUCAUGCUCGAUGGUAACUCUGUUCCUCUUCCAAGCCCUUCAGUGCCUGCUUUCUAUGUUAUAAGUCGCACCGUCAGCAAAUCAGAAGCGCUCAAAGAGGUCACAAGCGAAGGUAGCCUCGAUGAGGAGGAUAGUGAGACCUCAACUGACUUUGCAUUAUAAAGGGUUCAAAUAUUUCUCAUUAAAUGUAACAUUGACAUGAUACCCAAAAAUUAGCAUAGCACACAUGUGGAAAUAGACCAAAACA